CCAGAUACCACCACCAUUCAUUCAUUCGAGUAAGACACACUAACACUUACAACACACGCUACUCUCACUCACCCUCUCCAACAUAAACAUGACACCACCACUCACUGCUAGCACAAACGCACUAUAAAAUCCCAAACCCCCCCAGACCAAACUGAAACCUUCUCUUCUCUCUCUCUCUCUGGCGGCUCUCAAUUCCCACAUCCCCAAACCCUAGUUUUGUUCCAUUUCUUAAAUCAAAAUUUAUGCAUACUUCAGACACCUAGUUUCAUAUCAUCAUUCUACACACACACACCUUAUAUAUAUAUAUAUAUAUAUAAAAGAGUUACAGAGCAAGACAAGUGUUGUUGUUGUUGUUGAGGUUGGAGGAAGGAACGAUAAUGGAGGAUUCUGCGGCGCAGAAGAGGAAGCAGCGAGAGUUUGCGCUAGCGUCGGUUUCCGAGGUGUCUUCGGCUCCUUCUUCUGCUUCGCCGGGGGUUUCUCUCUUCGCCGGUGAUCGUCUUCAAAUUCUGAACGAAUCUCGCCAUGUUGCUCUCAAUGCUUAUCUUUCAGCUAUUCAGCUAUUCAGAUUAGGUCCUAUUGAAUCGGUUUGCAUGGUGGAAGAGUCUGAAGCUGACAAACAGACGUCAUAUUCCAGUGGAGUUGCUAUACAGUUUAGAAAUGAGGAAGAGAGUGAGGCCUUCCAUUGUGUAUACCAACAAUGGAAGAAAGGAUUCAAUGUUCAAGGAGGGAACUUGCCAAAUGGAACUAAUGCAAUAACUUCUAAAAGCAAAUUUGAUGAAAAGAUAGAGUCAUCUUCUGCAAAAAUGUAUUUUCAUUAUUAUGGACAACUUCUGCAUCAGCAAAAUAUGUUGCAGGACUAUGUGAGGACAGGAACCUAUUAUGCUGCAGUUCUUGAGAAUCGUGCAGAUUUCGUAGGUCGUGUAGUAAUUGAUGUUGGUGCUGGUAGUGGUAUUUUGUCACUAUUUGCUGCCCAGGCUGGUGCAAAACAUGUUUAUGCUGUGGAAGCAUCUGAAAUGGCAGAAUAUGCACGAAAACUCAUAGCUGGGAACCCAAUUCUGGGUCAACGAAUUACAGUCAUUAAAGGCAAAGUUGAGGAUGUUGAAUUGCCAGAGAAAGCUGAUAUUCUAAUCUCUGAGCCCAUGGGCACCUUGUUAGUUAACGAAAGAAUGCUGGAGUCUUAUGUCAUUGCCAGAGAUAGGUUUCUCACUCCUAAUGGGAAAAUGUUUCCUACAGUGGGAAGGAUUCACAUGGCUCCUUUCAGUGAUGAAUAUUUGUUUGUUGAAAUUGCUAAUAAGGCCCUGUUUUGGCGGCAACAAAAUUAUUAUGGUGUUGAUUUGACGCCCUUACAUGGGACUGCCUUUCAAGGAUACUUUUCUCAGCCUGUGGUGGAUGCUUUUGAUCCAAGGUUGUUAAUAGCUGCUCCUAUGUUCCAUGUGUUAGACUUUACCAAAAUAAAGGAAGAAGAGCUGUAUGAAAUUGACAUUCCUCUCAAAUUCACAGCCACUGUGGGUGCCAGGCUACAUGGGUUGGCAUGCUGGUUUGAUGUACUGUUCAAUGGAAGUACUGCACGAAGGUGGCUUACCACUGCCCCUGGUUCACCUACAACCCACUGGUAUCAGUUACGCUGUGUUCUCUCACAGCCAAUAUAUGUCAUGGCAGGACAAGAAAUCACUGGCAGGAUGCACUUGAUUGCUCACACUGCUCAGAGUUAUACAAUCUAUUUAAAAUUGUCAGCUAAAACGUGGGGUCCUGGUGCUGAACAAGGAGGGAUUCUUCAAACAUCAUCCUGUAAACUUGAUCUCAAAGAACCUUACUAUAGAAUGUCUCAACUGCAAGCUUAUCCAUUAGCCCAAGAUCAGCAACCUCAACCACUUUUACAGACACAGGAUAUACACAUCCAAUCUCAAGAGUUGGAUGAAGUGGAGAUGAUGCAACAGCCUUCUACUAAGUCGUGUGCUCAGAUUGACUCCCUCAUGCAGAAUGCAUCAUAAGUUGAUGAAUACUAACAUGAAUCACUAACAUCCAGUUGGGGGAAUGUGUCCGUCUUUAUUUGGACAUACCCCUUGCCUGUAAAUUCAUCAAUGUUGCUCUUGUUAUCUAUUGAGUGGUUGUGCUGCAGAUCCUAUAUUCAAUUCUUAAUUUAUCAAGGAAUACAUUGAAUCCUCAAGCCUGGUAAAGUUGGGAGCCUAUGUAAAAUUAUUUUUUAGGUAUAGAAUUUGCCUUUGUAAGGGCAGUAUCAGGCUCACGUGAAUGUAGAAAGGGAAAAACGCUUUUUUGUUUAUAUGAGCGGGUGUAAACAUUGCUUUUGAAUGUGUUAACUGGAAGUGGUUUUCAAAUGGAAAUUCAUGCGAGGGAAAGUUUUGUUUGAAAA